UGUCAACAGAUUCCGUCGGCCACGAACACAUCGACCUCUCCAAUCUACCUUAUCAUCCGCUUACUGCCACUUUAUACCAUAUUUGAUCUCUCAUCUAUACUUCUAUCGCCAGUAUGGGGUCCGAUCCGCAGUACAUAAAGUACCCCGAUCUCACACUCGCCCAACAUGUCUUCAACCUCUCCAACGCAGCAUGUCCCCAAACAGUGCGACAGACUUCACUGAAGAAGAUCCAAGAUGUCAUCAAAGAGAACAAAAUGGCUCCUUUCUACCGUCACCUUGCUCAUCCCAUCGAAGGAAUUCUGAACCACUCUGGCGAGGGUGUUGCGCAACACUCAUCUAAGUCCGCGAUCACGUCGAACCUGUUGGCCUCGCGGAAGUCAUCUCACAAAAUCGACUUCCCCUGGGACGAGUCCCUAUACCAGUCCCUGGUCGAAGACAACCGGAAGGAGCUGGAGGGGUUCCAGAAGGAAGAGGACGAGGCGGAAGAAGCAGCCGGUGAGACCGAGGUGCUUGCCGCUCGGGGAAAACGUGCCGAAUUCUGGGCACGGGUGGGAGAUAAGGACAAAGCUAUUGAGUCUCACGAAACCCUCCUCGAGAAGACGACGUUCCUCGGUACCAAGAUCGAUCUGAUGCUCGCUAUGAUUCGGAUCGGCCUCUUCUUCGGAGAUGCUUUGUCUGUCAAGAAGAACAUCGAAAGAGCCAACACUCUCAUCGAGAGCGGCGGUGACUGGGACCGCCGGAAUCGCUUGAAGGCAUACAAGGGUCUACACCUUCUCACCAUCCGUUCCUACAACGAUGCUGCGCCUCUGCUGCUCGACAGUCUGUCUACAUUCACAAGCUAUGAAUUGUGCAGCUACUCCGCUCUUGUCAUAUACUCGGUUUUGGCUGGUUCUCUGUCUCUAAAGCGAGUUGACUUCAAAGCUAAGGUUGUGGACGCACCUGAGAUCAAGGCUAUUCUUGGAUCUGGCGAGGAUCGUCUGGCUGCCCUGACCGGCGAAACUUCAGCUGGACCCGGCGCUCAAGAUGAGGAGAUGAAAGAUGCUUCUGUUUCACGGGUCACGCCGGGUAACGCUACGACUGUGGUCAAUUUGACCGCUCUGGGCGGCGGUUCUGGGGCCCAAGCCGAGGCUGAGACCCCAGUUGACUUCACGCCUCUUGCUCACCUGGUUGACAGUCUGUACACCGGCAACUACCGGUCAUUCUUUGUGUCCUUGGCGGCCGUGGAAGAUAAUUUCCUCACUCAGGAUCGCUAUCUGUAUGAACACCGCGCGUGGUUUGUGCGAGAGAUGAGACUGCGUGCAUACCAACAACUCCUCCAGAGCUACCGCGUAGUGGGCCUGAACAGCAUGGCGAACGACUUCGGCGUGACGGUAGACUUCUUGGAUCGUGACCUCGCCAAGUUCAUCGCGAGCAACCGCAUCGCAUGUACUAUUGACCGGGUCAACGGCAUUAUUGAAACGAACCGACCGGAUGACAAGAACAAACAGUACGCGGAUGUGGUCAAGCACGGUGAUGCUCUGAUCACGAAGUUGCAGAAGUACGGUCAAGCCGUGCGGUUGAGGGGAAGUGAACGCAGUUAGAUGGUAGAUAUGGCCUGAUGUUAUCGCCACGUGGUUCAUGACUAUGUAGAUGAGAGGUUCCAGUGAUUCAUUUAUAUCCUCUCUUCUUACCGAGUUGACUAUUGGUCCAUGCUAGAGCCGGAGCAAGCGAGGCUGGUGUAUCAUAAUUUUAAUGACAUAAGACAACAUGACCUCGAACUGGAAUAACGAUCGGUC